CCCCACGCGAGCUGCUUGCUACAUGUGAGUUCUUGUGCAUCACUAGAUCCAUCCACGUUUUAAGCCAACUAGUUGCCCAUUUAUCAACACAUGGUUCUUUGUAGCUCGACUAUGGAUUCAGCCGAAGAAGAGUCGCUUCACGGUCAGAGUUCAGAUGAGGAAGGCAGUGAAUUGUCGGACGGAGAGCUUCAAGAAGCCUUCGCUAAAGGACUGCUGAAACCUGGGAUGAAUGUUAUGGUAGAUAAGAAAAAGAAGUUUAUCAACAAUGUGGAGGGGUUGAAGCAGUGCCUUGCUGACUUCCGCAAAGAUCUACCUUGGGUGGAGAGGUUAGACUUGACCAAUCCUCCAGCUCGUGACAUCCUCUCCAACGCUGAAGAGAAAGUGUCUGCUGGAACCAAUGGGGAAAUUGAUGCCGAAGAUGAUUUCCAAAGAGAAAUGGUCUUCUACCGCCAGGGCCAGGCUACAGUACUCGAGGCACUGCCUCUACUUAAAGUGCACAAUAUAGCCACCAAGAGGCCUGAUGACUACUUUGCAGAGAUGGCCAAAUCAGAUCAGCAAAUGCACAAGAUCAGGGCAAAGCUGCUCACUAAACAGAUGAUCCUGGAAAGGUCUGAAAAGGCCAAAAAGCUGCGUGAGCAAAGGAAAUUUGGUAAAAAGGUNCAAGUAGAGGUCCUUCAGAAGAGACAGAAGGAGAAGAAGGCUAUGAUGUCAGCUGUGAAGAAAUAUCAGAAAGGAAUGACUGACAAACUGGAUUUCUUGGAAGGAGACCAGAAAACAGCCAGAAAUCCUUCUGAUGGAUCAAAGAAAGUUUUAAACAAAAAGGGUCCCAAUGCUAAGCGGAAAUACAAGGACCAAAAGUUUGGCUUUGGGGGUAAAAAGAGUGGAAAGAAAUGGAACACCAAGGAGAGCUUCAAUGAUGUUUCAGGUUUCCGUGCCAAAAUCGCUCAUGACAAGGGAGGGAGGAAAGGCAAAGGAGGGAAUAAAAAUGUGAGUCCCAUGCAUAGGAAAAAUUGUAUUUGUUCUGAAAGGAGCUUAUUAAGAAACAACUAACAUUAUUUAUUUGGACUUUCAGAAACGCCCAGGCAAGUCUGUUCGCAGGAAGAUGAAGAGUCGCUCUUAAACCUGACUGGAUUGGGAGCUCAUUUCCUGGACAGGAUUAAGCAUGACUGUGCAAUCCAGACUGUGGUUACAUGUAUAUAUUUUAUACAGAAUUAUUAAAUGUGGAUUUCUGAAUCGAUGUAGACAACAUGAAUCCCUUUUAAAAACACUUAGAGCUGGGUCCUAUCAAGACACAAACGGAACUGCAUUGUUCCUGUAUAAAGUACAGUAGUGUUUAACUCCACACAUCUUGGAAUACUUAAAAACAAACAAAAAAACCCCUGGAAUAUGUUUGUCAUCAUAAGAUUUCUCUUCAGUAUCUGCUCUGGUCCAUGGACUGUCUAAUGGAUACCGUGUAUUCUGAAUUUUGGGAAAUUGUUUUAUUUUCCUCAUUCAGCUCCGUGGCUUAAUUGAUUCUGUCUUAUCUGACAUGACAUUUGGUUUAUGAGCUGCUGUCAGUUUUGCCCUUUAUAGUUCAUUAGUAUGAUCAAUAUGUAAUUUGCUUUGACUUGGGAUUUACCUUGCAAAGAUGCAUUUUUGGAAGAAGGAAAAAAAAAAACUUGGAAGAAUAAAAUAAAUCAUUUUUUUAGGUCUAUUUUGAGCGUAGUUUGAGAUUUUGAGUGUCUGUGAUAUCCGUCUUGCGCCUCCGGAAGUCGAAUCGCGGGUCUUGAUGGUUCUUUUCCAUCUAAGGAGAAAAAUGACAGAAUUAUGAAUGCUAAUAAAUCUCAUUAGUUCAGAUAAACAAUUGUUCGCAUAAAGAACAUUACAAGGGCUAAAAUGUAAAUGUUUGUAUUUCUGAUGUUUAUAGGUGUAGCUAAAACCUCAAACUGAAGCUUCAUAGGUGCCUUGUAUCUUCUAAGACGACCUGUGGUCUCAUUUAAAUAACUUGUAUUCACACAAAAUAGGCCUGAAAAUUGCAUAUAUCGACUUCCACGCAAAGGUUGGGACUUAC